UCUUCUUUAUUUCUUUCGUUGCCGUUUCACUCCAUCAGUACAGUCACCUAGCGUUUAACCCUAGAGUUUUGGUUUGGCCUUGCUUCUCUUCUCUUCUUAUUUCCCACAAAAUCAUUUCACAAAGAGAAGAGACAGUGGAUCGCGGUUUCAUUUCAGACCAAAGAUGGUGCAGUGGCAGAGACACGUUUUCCCCUUUCUUCGCCACAUUCACAAGCGAGCAGUGGAACCCCACGCCACCCAUUCUGCUCCAAGCCUUGUAAUUUCUCGCUUAGCCUCUUCUCUUUCACAAGGUCAGUUAGGAAGGAGAACAUGGACAACAACAACUUUGCCCUGUUUCUCUAGACCCAUUUUUCUCGGUUUCCAACAUCAGGGAAUUUCAAGUUCUGCUAACUUGCUGGCAAAUUCAUCUGAGGAAACACCUGUUUUGUCACCUUUAGUCCCAGUUUCAUUAUUGGGUAGUUCAAAAGGUGAAGACCAGAAGCAGAAAGUUGUUACUAAGCAAGAAAAAGUUCAAGCGGUAUUAAAGGCAAUAAAACAGAGUCCAAAGAAGGUCAACUUGGUUGCUGCUCUGGUUCGUGGUAUGCUUGUUAAAGAUGCAUUGAUGCAGUUGGAAUUGACAAUAAAACGAGCAGCAAAAACUGUAUAUCAGGUUAUUCAUUCAGCCCGAGCAAAUGCCUCUCACAAUCAUGGGUUAGAUCCAGAACGACUCAUUGUUGUGGAAGCAUUUGUAGGAAAGGGGUUUUACAAAAAGAGACUUUGGCCCCAUGCUAAAGGAAAAUCGUCGCUUAGAGUAAGACCAGAAUGCAGGCUAACAGUUGUAGUAAGAGAGAUAACUGCUGAAGAAGAGGCAGAGAUUGCUAGGCUGAGGGUCCACAACUUCAAGAAACGCACCAAGCGUCAGCAACGACUUGUGCCUCAUCAGCUCAUUGUGUCCAAUCCUAUUUGGGGCCGCAAAAACAAAUCUAGUGGUAAAAACUUGAGUGCUACACCUGCAUAAGCUGAGCUUUUGCUUGUUUCCAUGCUUAUGUCAUUUUUCGUGUAUGGAAACAGUUGAGAAAUAUAUGUCUGUCCCUUGUUGCAGAUGAUAGAAUUUUGUACUGGAUCAUGUUUAGUAUUGUUCUCAUUUAUUAGCUUAUUUUUCUUCCUACUAGGUACUAUAAAGAAUGUCUUGUUCAAUCACCAGCAUGAAUCUCCUCUUGUUUUGUGGGGAAGUAUAAACAUAUGUUUUUUUUAUUUUUAUUUUUAAAUAAAGGCGUAUUCUUGCAAGUUGCAUCAUUUAA